CACACAUUAAAAGUGUAAAUUUUGUUGCACUGCUAAAUAAGCCAUAAUAAUUAGGGUUAGCAACUUAGAUUUUUUUCUAGCAAUACAGUGUUAUUGUAGAAAUGUUUAGCUAGUAAUCUAAUUUUCUAUUUUUUUUACUUUUUAUAUUGUCAUAGUAAUUCAGCAGCUAACAGCGAUUUGGCAAUUCCUAUCCACAAAAGGAGUAGUAUAAAAAUACUAAGAAACAUAACCGUUGACUAUUUUUAGAACAGAAUAUAGCUGAUAACUAUUUUUAGCUCUCGAAAAUCCCUCCUAUCCAUUGCUUCGUUGUUUGUAACUUCUAAUGGUUUGUUACUAUUAAAAAAAUUCUAAUGGUUUGCAGCAUUUCCUUUUGAGAUUUUUUUCUUUUUUUCCUCGUUGUGUUCGGAAAGAAGUAAAGGAGGAAUUUCAGAUAAAACUUCAUUGAUGUGAUAUCUGUAUCUUCUGCCCUGGUCUUCUGGAUCCAAUUUCAUUUUGUAUUGCUGUUUCUCACCGCUCCUCCCUGUCCAAGGACUAAUGGGGAGUAGGCGCCAUGAUGUUUUCUUGCAAGGAGAAAACAGACUGAUACCAGGUUCUUGGUUCUUGUUAUUGGCAUGUGCCUUCACACCAAGCUGAAAUUUUCAGAGUUCAGCUGCCUUUUAAAGAUAUUGGCUAGAAAGGCUGCACAGAUUGGUCUCAAUCUGAUUCACUGGUUCAAGAAGGCGUCACAUGUGCUUAUGGGCUGCCUUUGCUCCAAAGGCACCAAAGAUCAUGCUGAUGCCACUUCCGAAAAGACAGAAGCAUCAAGAAAAGACGACUCUAAGACUGCAUCAGGUACAAACGAUGGUAGCAAAGUCAUGCCAGAUGUUGAAGAGAAGGUUGUUGUAGGUUUUGAUGCUAGGAUAAGCAGUAGUAACAUUGCAGAUUUGAAAGGGCUCUCAGGUGAGCAUGUUGUUGCUGGGUGGCCAGCUUGGCUUACAAAUGUUGCACCUAAAGCAGUAGAAGGCUGGUUGCCGCGCCGGGCCGAUUCAUUUGAGAAAUUAGACAAGAUUGGACAAGGAACUUACAGUAUUGUGUAUAAAGCUCGAGAUCUUGAAACAGGGAAGAUUGUUGCACUCAAAAAGGUGAGGUUCAUCAAUAUGGAUCCUGAAAGUGUUCGCUUUAUGGCUAGAGAAAUCCAUAUUCUUCGGAGACUGGAUCAUCCAAAUAUCAUAAAGCUUGAAGGAAUUGUAACAUCCCGUGUAUCACAAACCCUGUAUCUUGUUUUUGAAUACAUGGAACAUGACCUUUCCGGUCUUAUUGCAACUCCAGGCCUGAAACUCACCGAGCCACAGAUAAAAUGCUUCCUUCAACAGCUGCUUCAUGGCCUUGUUCAUUGCCACAAAAAUGGAGUUCUGCAUCGAGACAUCAAAGGCUCGAACCUCUUGAUUGACAGCAAUGGAGUACUGAAGAUUGCAGAUUUUGGCCUGGCAAUAUCGUAUGACCCCGACAACCCGCAACCACUAACUAGCCGAGUUGUGACAUUGUGGUACAGACCACCAGAGCUUUUACUUGGUGCCACAGAGUAUGGUGUUGCUGUAGAUAUGUGGAGCACAGGGUGUAUUGUGGCAGAACUCUUUUCUGGCAAACCAAUCAUGCCAGGAAGAACCGAGGUGGAGCAAAUUCACAAGAUCUUUAAACUUUGUGGAUCGCCAAUGGAUGACUAUUGCAAGAAAUCAAAGGUGCCAGAAACAGCAAUGUUCAAGCCUCAGCAGCAAUAUAGGCGGUGUGUUGCUGAGACUUUCAAAGUUUUUCCUCCUUCCGCUGUAGUUCUCAUAGACUCCUUGCUUUCAUUAGAACCAGAAGUUCGUGGAACAGCUUCCUCAGCUCUUCAGAGUGAUUUUCUUACAACAGAGCCGUUUGCUUGCGACCCUUCAAACCUACCAAAACUUCCAGCAAGCAAAGAAUAUGAUGUUAGACUCAGGCAAGAAGAAGCUAAGAGGCAAAGAAAAACAGCUUUAGGUGGACGUGGAACUGAAUCUUUCAAACCAGGAGAUGAGAAUCAUGUAACCAGUCGUGCUGUAAAUUGUGCUGCCGAGUCAAAGCAGGAAAACGCACAUACCAGUUCAAAGAGCAACAGUAUGAAGUUCAACCCAGAGGACAGUGUGCCUGGGUUCCGGGUGGAGCCACGUCCAUUGCCAACCACGGUGCAGGUUCCUGAAUUUGGCUCAACACGGAACAUGGGAGAUUACAACGAUGGCACGACGGUGCCUGGUCGUGCCUGCAGUUCUGUACAUGUCGCAAAUACAUCUACCUCUAGGGAAAAGGCAUCAUCACAUUCACAUAUACCACAGUUUGGUGCAACAGACCUCACGAGUGCAGCUGAGGUUACCAAUCAGAAUCAGCCACCUGAUAUGCCUACAUCAUCUCACAAGAACCCCCCAGAGAACCAUGGAAGGAAGUUCAGAAGGAUCCACCACUCAGGGCCAUUGGUGCCGCCAGGAGGGAACAUCGAGGACAUGCUCAAGGAGCAUGAGAGGCACAUCCAAGAGGCGGUGCGAAAGGCACGCCUCAGGCAAGGUGCAGGUAGCCAGGUAAACAUGGAGUAGCUGAAAGGUCCUUAGGGAGCUCUGCAAACACGGACCGGAUUUCAGAGGUGCCAACACCACAUUCUUAUGCAAAGCUGCCGUUUCCAGUUGCUGCAGUCCCUGUGUAGAGUUUUAGCAUGUAAUAGUGUGUUCUAAGAUAGGAUACUCAGUUGUUUGAGGGCAGAGCAUGGCUGAAUUUAUAGAUCUCUGUUUGCACCUUUUCCUUGUAUCCCUAGGCUUAUAGGUCUUCCGUGUAUCCCUAGGUUUCAAAACACAUAUCAUUAGAAAGUUCAGAUGUUCUACUUUCUAGGGAUAGCGCAGGCCCUAUAAAUCGGGACCGAGUGAGUACCAACAAUUUAGAAUGAGGGAUUGAAGUAAUUAAUGUCAGUUUAGAAGAA